AUGAGUGCGAAUAAGCCCGAAGAAUUUGAAGAUAAUACAUUUGAGAACGUUUUUGAAGCACAUAAUAACAAAACUGUAGAUAUUCCGAAGUAUGGAUCAUUAGGAAGUUUCCAACACAGACUACUCAAGUCUUCCAGUGCUGUAGACGACGAAUCAAAACACGGCAGUGACAUUGUUAAUAAUUUAGUAUUUAGAAAGAGGAGUUUUCAUCGUCAUUGGAAAUCAAAAUGUAAAGCCCUUAAUAAUGGCUCUUAUGCUAGUGAUUUAAAAAAUUUUGAAAAGCAAAUUUUGGAGACUCGUAAUGCCGUGUGUGUUAAAGUACCAGAAUAUAUUCCCAAGUUUAUGGAAUUUGUCGAUGAAGAUCCUGAUGCUAAUUUCUUUGGAAAUUAUAAUUGGCUUUAUACAGGAGGUUGCAUUCAGCAUUUUGAUUUCAAUGGCAAUUACUAUCUUGCCUAUGUUGCAGGAAAGAGCAGAAAUUGCUUACAUGUAGCAUCUUUAAAAUAUGAUGAUCAGUUAUGGUGUAUUGAUAAGUCUAACAUCCAGAAAGUUACACCUAGUGUAGGAAAGGGAAUAUUUGAAAUUCUAUCUGUGGAAAAAAAUGGUAAUAAUAUUAUAGGGGUACGUCAAAAAGAUUCUUGUGUGAUUUACAAUGUUAGUGAAAGUAUAAAAGUCAGUGAAUUUUUUGACUUACAAGAAACUCCUCUUUCAAGUUUUGAUAUUUCCUCAGUGCAUGAUGAACUUUGCGUGAUGGGUAUGAAUCAUAGAAUGACCUUCUGGGAUAUGAACAGAAAAGAAAUCCCCAUGGCUACGUACUUUCCUAGUGAUAAUCCACGAUGUGACAAUUGGCAUUACUUGUUGUAUAGUGCAGAUCCUUCAGUUGUGUCAAUAGCAGGACGCAAGUCAUUAAAGUGGAUGGAAAGGAGAAGUAGUAAUGUUAUGAAUUCUGUGCAACUUUCUAGUCUCAAAGGAUCUCAGAGAGAUGAAGAAAUAUCUAUGUAUUGUGCAAGUAAGCGUAACCCUUGCUUAGUAUAUGUUGGUUCUGAUUUAAAUCUGUUUUUAUUGGAUAUACGCUCGCUUUCAUCAGUAAUUGAAUGCUGGACUCAUUAUUUGACUUCUCCUCCUCUUUACAGUUGUGUUAUUCCUUAUGAUAAAGACAAUGAAAUAGUUUGCAUUGCUAAUCAGAAUCCUGGAAAUGUAGUUUUAGGAUUUAGUAGUAAAUCAGAGACCUGGCCUCCUGUAAAAAUUCCAUCACGAUUAGAUUCACUAUACUCUCUUCAGGCAUCUGGCUUGUGUUUAGACCCUUCAGUGAUUCCCAGAAUGGCAUUAGGACUCACUGGUAUGACCUACCUAAAAUGUAAGUCUUCAGAUGUAGAAUUGCUUACUCACACAGCUGCAUCAGAUAUUUUUUCCCAGUCGCUUUUUGACCAGAACACUGAAAUGAAUUCAGUUAAUCUGAAAGGUCUUGUUUCUACCAAGGAGACUCUACAAGCAACUGGCAGAUGGAAUUUUAAAAAGCUGUACAAUAAAUUAACAAAGUGUGAAGUUCAACCAAAACCUCCAAUGGAAAAGAGCACUGCUAAACAACCUUGGCAGUUAUCUAAAAGAGAAUUACUGGAGUAUAAAGACGCUCUUGCGCCUAUCCUUUUAGAGGCCUGGGAGAUUGAUAAAGUGGGUGGGAAAAGUAGCAUUUCGGGUGAACAGAAAGUGAAUGCAUGGUUGGACUCUAGUUUUAACACUGUCUACACCUCGCAAGGCAACAAUUUGUGGGAUGAUGAAUAA